CAAGAUAGUUGAAUGUUGAAACUAUGGCAUGGCUUGUUGGGAGCCGCGUCUGUGAUAGCUCGCCUUGCGCGGCGGACGUGCGGCCUGUGGUAAAGAGCAAAGCCUGAGGUAGAUUACCCCUCCCAUCGAAUAUGUUAGUUUCCUGCUUACCGCGUAAACAACCCGCUCAACAAUAUAGUCUGCCUGGCAACUGAUGAUGUUAGCCAAUCAGCUUGCCUUGCUUACUUUAACAUGAUUGGACACUGUACCCGUAUAUAUACCGGUGCCACCCCUGGGCGGAAGAAGAAGCCAGGUAGAAGCCCAGAAGUAAAAGCCCAAAAGGAGCCGCGGAGAGCGGACCGGUAGAGGCUUUGGGGCAGACUGAAGCACAAAAGGAGCCGCGGGGAGCGGACCAGAGGAGGCUUCAGCUGGGAGAACCCAGGGCAGGCUGUACGGAGAAGGAAAAUAAAAAGAAAAGGUUGUCCACUACCAGACUUUGUCGUGUGUCCUUCCUGCCGGCCGGGAGCGGACAUCGACAUUUGGAGGCCCGCCCGGGGACUGAUCACCCCCGAGACGUGGAAGUGGACAACGCUCCAGUACAGAGCUUCGAGACAGGUGAGUUGGGGAUAAGCCUGGGCUCUGGGUGGCGCGCACCUACAGGGCUUUUAGACUCCCCUCAGGCUCACGCGUAAGUGGCGGAUUCCUUGGGCCUCACGCGGUGAGUAACAUAUUAAAAGAUGGGAAACAUGUUAGGUAGCAACACUAAGAGCGAGGGUGGUUGUGAAGAAAGCUCUCAAGAGCUUACAAAAGUACGCAGGGUAUCUGAGCAGGCCCAGUCAGGGAGCUCCCGAGAGGGGUCCGUCAAGGGGAACAAGGAUGCUAAGGAGGAGGACGGGGCUCUAGCCUCGGAGUCGUCUGACUCCGAGGACGAGGGAAAGUUGAAUGGCAAGGAGGCCAAAGAGACCAGCUGUCAGGAGCCUAAGUCGCUCAAUAAGGAGUCGCAGGGUUCUUUUCCAGCGUUGCCCCGCGAAUUGCGCUCUGCUCAACCUGGUCUGCGGAGGAGUAGAGAGCUCCUGAGCGCUCCCCGGCGCGAGAGGGAGGCGAAGCCUUCCGCCCCACCUUGGGGGCCGUUUCCGGAGGCGAUUCCUCGCCACGAGGCGGCCGCCUGGGAGCUCUCUCCCCUUUCGCCAGAACAGGAAGUGAUGCACGGGCCCCCAUUUUCCGCCCAAUCACGGCCGCUGUCUUAUGCUCCGCCGCCGGCGGGUCGGUAUUUUUACAGGCGGCUUUGGCAGGGGGGACGCUUGUCUCAUGAGGUACAUCCACCUGGGAUAGAUAGUGGCCCCUACGGGAUAUUUCCUGUACAAGUAGCUAUGGGCCAGGGACGCAAUGUAUGGGAGCCUUUUGAGAUAAAGCAGAUUAGAGAACUUAAAAAUGCAGUUACAACCUUUGGGCCGACUGCGCCUUACACCAUUGCCAUGCUGGAGAAUCUGUCUUCUGGGCCCCUCACCCCCGCGGACUGGAUUCAGCUGGCAAAGGCGUGUCUGCCCUCGGGCAGUUACCUGGAUUGGCAAGCCUGGUACACAGAGUUCUCUGCCGAGCAGGCUGAGAAAAACGCCGGUCGAGGAAAUAGGGGCUGGGAAUUUAGCUUAGCGGCAUAAGCGCCUGCCUUGUAAGCAGGCAAUCGCCAGUUCGAUCCCUGGUACCAAUAAAAAAAAAAAAAAAAAAAAAAAAAAAACGAAAAAGAUAAAAAUAAAAAAUAAAAAAUAAAAAACAAAAAGGGGGAGUAAGCCAAGGCCUGCCUCCAAAGGCGCGGUUAUCUAUGGCAUGACAAUGGAUGGGCCCGGAUCCGGUAGUCAGCUGGAACCGAGGCGCGGUUUGUGUUUUCCCACAGGAACCGGGACGAGAACCACUGUGGAUACCGGAGAGACUGACACGGGCAACAAAGCCCUCGACUGAAGAUCAGACCUGCCCUACUGGAGAUCCAUCACAGACCAACCAAUAAGAUGAAUAGAAAUAGCGGUAGCCCGAAAUGGACAAGAAGAUCCUCAGGCAUAUGCAUGGCUUGCUCAAUUGGCCCACGACCGAGUCUAGAUAUGGCGGGCAUCCCUCAUUCUCCUCCAUAAGGUGACAAUACACAGCAGGGUAGGUGAGUCAAUGACGGGUAAGAGCGUGCCUCCCCAGCACGACUCGACCUAAGCCAGGCCCUACCCCAUCCUGCACGUAAGCCGCUGGACUGUUAGAUGCUGCCCAGGUCUAAAUUUCUCUCCGAGGGGAUUUCUUUACGGAGAGGAAAUGAGUGCAAGCUUGUGUGCAUCCAGGUUCCGUCCAGUUUGUGCCUGGCCCUAGAAAAAGGACGAGGGCCUCAGGGCCUUGGCAGACCAUGGCAUGGCCAACCAGGGUCUAAGCCAAGGACCUACGGUGGGCCUACACAUAGGGCAUAAGCCUCUGCACCCAGUCCAGGAAGGGCUACGAUGCGCACAUUCAUAAAAAAUAAAAUAGGGGGAGAUGUUGGGAGCCGCGUCUGUGAUAGCUCGCCUUGCGCGGCGGACGUGCGGCCUGUGGUAAAGAGCAAAGCCUGAGGUAGAUUACCCCUCCCAUCGAAUAUGUUAGUUUCCUGCUUACCGCGUAAACAACCCGCUCAACAAUAUAGUCUGCCUGGCAACUGAUGAUGUUAGCCAAUCAGCUUGCCUUGCUUACUUUAACAUGAUUGGACACUGUACCCGUAUAUAUACCGGUGCCACCCCUGGGCGGAAGAAGAAGCCAGGUAGAAGCCCAGAAGUAAAAGCCCAAAAGGAGCCGCGGAGAGCGGACCGGUAGAGGCUUUGGGGCAGACUGAAGCACAAAAGGAGCCGCGGGGAGCGGACCAGAGGAGGCUUCAGCUGGGAGAACCCAGGGCAGGCUGUACGGAGAAGGAAAAUAAAAAGAAAAGGUUGUCCACUACCAGACUUUGUCGUGUGUCCUUCCUGCCGGCCGGGAGCGGACAUCGACAUUUGGAGGCCCGCCCGGGGACUGAUCACCCCCGAGACGUGGAAGUGGACAACGCUCCAGUACAGAGCUGCGAGACAGGAACCGGGACGAGAACCACUGUGGAUACCGGAGAGACUGACACGGGCAACAAAGCCCUCGACUGAAGAUCAGACCUGCCCUACUGGAGAUCCAUCACAGACCAACCAAUAAGAUGAAUAGAAAUAGCGGUAGCCCGAAAUGGACAAGAAGAUCCUCAGGCAUAUGCAUGGCUUGCUCAAUUGGCCCACGACCGAGUCUAGAUAUGGCGGGCAUCCCUCAUUCUCCUCCAUAAGGUGACAAUACACAGCAGGGUAGGUGAGUCAAUGACGGGUAAGAGCGUGCCUCCCCAGCACGACUCGACCUAAGCCAGGCCCUACCCCAUCCUGCACGUAAGCCGCUGGACUGUUAGAUGCUGCCCAGGUCUAAAUUUCUCUCCGAGGGGAUUUCUUUACGGAGAGGAAAUGAGUGCAAGCUUGUGUGCAUCCAGGUUCCGUCCAGUUUGUGCCUGGCCCUAGAAAAAGGACGAGGGCCUCAGGGCCUUGGCAGACCAUGGCAUGGCCAACCAGGGUCUAAGCCAAGGACCUACGGUGGGCCUACACAUAGGGCAUAAGCCUCUGCACCCAGUCCAGGAAGGGCUACGAUGCGCACAUUCAUAAAAAAUAAAAUAGGGGGAGAUGUUGGGAGCCGCGUCUGUGAUAGCUCGCCUUGCGCGGCGGACGUGCGGCCUGUGGUAAAGAGCAAAGCCUGAGGUAGAUUACCCCUCCCAUCGAAUAUGUUAGUUUCCUGCUUACCGCGUAAACAACCCGCUCAACAAUAUAGUCUGCCUGGCAACUGAUGAUGUUAGCCAAUCAGCUUGCCUUGCUUACUUUAACAUGAUUGGACACUGUACCCGUAUAUAUACCGGUGCCACCCCUGGGCGGAAGAAGAAGCCAGGUAGAAGCCCAGAAGUAAAAGCCCAAAAGGAGCCGCGGAGAGCGGACCGGUAGAGGCUUUGGGGCAGACUGAAGCACAAAAGGAGCCGCGGGGAGCGGACCAGAGGAGGCUUCAGCUGGGAGAACCCAGGGCAGGCUGUACGGAGAAGGAAAAUAAAAAGAAAAGGUUGUCCACUACCAGA